AUGACUCCAAAGGAGUUUAUUUCGCACUUCCUCAGCUCCAAAAACCCCGACUUGGCCUCGCGACGCCGCUAUUGGGCGACAAAGACUGGGUAUGAGGGCACAUUGCAUCUGGUUGAAUCUAUUCGAGAUAAAUUCAACUCAACUGAUGUAGGAGAAGGCUGGUGGACUCAGUUCAUCCAGAAGGAAGCCAUCAACAUCCUGAUGCGAAACAAUGUGCGCCUGGCCCGAUCAUCAACCGGUCACUGGCAAAGUUCUCAGUCGGUCAAGCCGGAGUUUUUUUCCGAGGCAGCCAAGGCCAGGCGAGAGGAGAAACUUGUGACAGAAGAGAUGCCAUUCUUGUAUGGAAUCCUUGUUGGGAUGCUCAGGAAUGGCGAGUAUCCGGCCGGCAAUGAAGAAGAUGUGGUGAUUGAGGGUCCUCAGGAAUCCAACACGCAUCCCAGCGACACCUUUGAAGCACAGCUAUUGGAGAGAGAUGGUGUUGCAUACACCCCAAUCCCUUGGAAUGAAGAUCAAGCUGAACAGCGAUAUCAUCAUGUUAGCCAUUCUGGUAUUACAUUCAAAAACUCGGACACUUGUUGA